CAACUAUAAAAUUUUUUUUGUCCGGAUGUAAAAUUUUUUGAUUCUGUUUUUUAUGGAAAAUUUUUGUCAAUAUGUUUACAGCUGCCAGAUUUUUACCUAUUAGGCAUCUAAUAAGGUUCAAAAAUGUCCUUUUGAAGCAUAUUCCGGAGCAUCCACCUUGUAGUUUGCAAUUUAGUUCCCGUGCGCCUACCAAAUCUAUUAUAAAUGAUGAGUGUUCAUUGAUUCACUAUGGUCUAAGUGCGAGACAACUUCCUGGUUACUGCCGAGAGAAUUCAUCAAGAUGUUCUCCAGCUUGUUCAUGUGGCAAAGAGAAACCUAAACCUAAAAAAAAGAGAUCUGGAGAAACAUGUCGCCCCGGAAAAAGUUCAAGAAAACUACCAGGAGGUGAUGAAGGACAUUCUAAGCUUUUUCGUUAUUUUUCGUUUGGCAUUAUUCCCAUAAUACUGCUUUUUAGUGUAUUCACCCUUGCGUCAAUUGGUCCCCAUCGACGUGAACCAUUUGUUAAAUAUACGUAUUUACGCAAGAGAGAUAAAAAAUUCGCAUGGGGAGAUGGCAACAAAACAUUCUUUCACAACAGAAAUGUAAAUCCCUUGCCAGAGGGUUAUGAAGACGAUAUAGAAAGAGCUCAAAGAGAAGCAGAGGAAGCUGAAGCGAAAAAGAAGAAGAAGAAAUAGGACUUCCGAGAGUCUUAGUACAACAACCAAAAAUCAAAAAUUAUGGCAGUUAAGCACAAUUUUUAACAGGCUAUACGAACCGCCAAUGUUGUACAUCUUGCUAAAAAUUGGAUUAACAUGACAUUGACACAAAUAUCAAAAAAUAUCUUUCAAAUAAGAUCUAAAUUCCUGAAAUUGAGCAAAAAUUGAUUUUGCAUUUUCCAACAAUU